AAACACUGGGAUCCGAGUGGCCAGCUGUGUGCCGGCCACGCAGACCGAGACCCCGAUACAUGCUGCCGGACAUCUUUCCCCACACAGGUUCAAGCACAGCUGUCCAGAGGCUGCGAUGUCAUCCAAAAUGCACAGCGCCAGUCGCGUAGCUCAGGCCAGACGGAUGGUGCAGCAGCUGAGGAUAGAGGCCAGCAUCGAGAGGAUAAAGGUGUCCAAGGCUUCAUCAGACCUGAUGCGCUACUGUGGAGAACACGCCAAGAAUGACCCGCUGCUCAUGGGCAUCGCCGCCUCAGAAAACCCUUUCAAGGACAAGAAGCCUUGCACCGUGUUGUAGGGGAACACCCGAGCGGUCGUUGCUUUUCCUUUUUGAUUCUCAUGUGAGGAAAGAAAAAGACGUGAGUAACACUGUUCACGACUUAUCUUAAGGCCAGUGUAACCCCCCCCAGUACCUUUUCACAUGCAGUUCGAGGAAUGUGUUUCCUCUCUGCUUUGUCGUCAGAUCCCAGUUACAAACACAGUCAGCUGAAUUUUUUAAAUUUUUAAUUCUAAGUUUCUGCAAAGCCCUGUGAUACGGACACAAAUGUCAACGUUUCUGAACCCCAAAAAUAUGUUUCGUAAGUACGUUUGAUGAUUGGCGACAAAGCUACUUGGUUAUGGUUAGAAGAAAAAAAAAGUGUUAAAAUAAUAACAAAAACUGCUGUGAAUAAAUGACAACCACCCUUUCUACAAAUGGAACAAUGCCCCACAACUAAAUGCAAAUUAUUUUUGUAUGCAUUCAACGUAUCCCGUGGUUUAAAGAAAUGUAAAAAUGUAGAAUGCUCAAAAAAAAAGAUUCCUGGCAAAUAAUGCGGUUACACCAAAGAAACAAGCAGAGGUCUGACGCCUGAGAGGAGCGGUGCCAUGGACGGCCGAGUUCCUGACUCUCUAAUUAUCACAGCGCACAUAAACAAGCCCCCUCAGCCACCGGUCCAAUCAGAUUCUGGCUUCAAGCUUUCACCUCUCACUUAUCAGACCUGCUUCCGGAAACAGUUGUUGUAGGUUGUGUGCUCCUGAUAAUGAGCACCCGAGAUAAUGAUAUCCUGUCGGCGGCAAGCAAAGUGAGCCGUCCAUCACAUGAAGAGGAAAGAGGAAAGAGGUCCACUGAUGCACAGCUCCUGCUUUAUUUGUGUCAUCUAAUCAUAAUAGUCUUUAAAAAGUGCCCAUUAAAUUGUCCUCUUUUUCAAAUGUGAGCACAGACAGAAGCAAUCAAAUGUGUGAUUCAACUUUUUCCAGUGACAAACCUAUCACUUAAAAUGUUGACUGGAUGUUUAUUUUUGAGAUAUGGAGAAUAGCUUUUUUUUGUUUUUGCCAGCGUUGGGAUACAGAGUUCAUUGACAAUUGUAGCUCUAGAAAUUGGGGAUGAAUGAAUUCAUAAUUCAGUUGUUCCUGCGUGUUACUUUGAAUUGUUUUUUACACAACAUUCUUUUUGAAUGCUGACAUCAAUUGAAUCUGAUGUAAGGCUAUUAAAUAUGAUUUUUUUGUGACAUCUAAAUUGUGAAAUUUGGGAACCAGAGGCAAAACUCUCUUUUUUUACAACUCAAAAUAUAAUAUACAGAUACAAGUGCCGGUAUCAUCUUUCCGGAUCGCUGCACGUUGUGCCUCACCCUUUCGGUAUUCCUUAAUUCAGAUAUUUCAUUCUGAUUCCAUCAUUGCUGACGAUAAGGGUUCAACACCACUCAGUGCCAUCUUAUCAGAUCCAGAUAUUUAAUGUGCUGCGGAGCCGAGGCCGACAGCUGCACCUUUCAACCACUCGGAAAGCUACUAACACCCGACUGUUAUACUCUUUGAGUUCACCACUGCUCUAAAAAUGAGCUCUUUUUUCAGUUUUUUAGCUGUGACAUUAUGUCUUUUAUGUGUUGGUGCUCAUGCAAAACAUAAACUAACGAAACCAGCCAGGGCCUUAAUGAUGAAGCGGUCAUGCUUCAACCUUUCCAACGACCUUUUAGUCACACAAGUGCUGUUGUCUUCAACUGUGAAGAAGGAAUGCCCGUUGGCGAUGGGAGGAUAUCUUACCGGAGGCUGUUAUUGUAAGUCGACAUAUUUCAAAAGGACACACUGUUCAAUAAUUGCAUUGAAGGAACAGUGUGUAGCAUUUAGGAGCUCUCUUUGGCCAAAAUAAAUACACUAUUAAUAAGUAUGUUUUCUUAAGUGUACAACCACCAUGGUAAUAAGAUUGGCUGUGAUUUUGUUAUCUUAGGAUGAGUCGUUUCCAUCUACUUUGGCAGUGAGUGCUCGCCUCCCGAGAACAGAACACCGGCUCCAGGUCGGGUUCUUGACGUAGUUCUUCUAUCGCUUUUCACAUGGGAGAACUUCCAGUGGAUCAGUUGCAAUCUGCAACCUCACUGUUAGAUGCCAACACACUGCCCCUAAAGAUGUAGCUCAUAUCUCUGUUUGCAUUGUGGCACAAUAACCACAGUAUGUGCGUGCUUUAGCUGUUUAUUGUAUACUUUAUAGAAUUGUAGUGAUUCAGUCAAACCUCAGUCUGGACUUGCUGUUAUGCGACUUUAUUUUCAACUUUUUUUAAUAUAAACGGAAUGUGUUGUAUUUUGGCUUUUGGUUGGUUUUUACUUGUGAGCAUAAAUUUGUGUUUUUAUUAUAAAUACAAUUUAAAUGUAUGUGUUUUUUUCACACCUAAUCCGUGUAGGUAACAGUUUACUGUAUGUCAUGUUGCGACUCUACCUGUUUGUGGUAAAUGCAAAUAAACACAAAGAAAAAAAGUC